AUGGGCCUCAUCCUGCUCAUCGCUGUGCCCAUCCUGGUGCAGGCGCCGUCCAAGAGCCAGGCGCACUACGAGAUGAUGGGCACCUGCCGCAUGAUCUGCGACCCCUACAGCUCCAGCAGCGCCGCCGGCCCGGCCAGCCGGCCCGGAGGCACCACUGCCGCCCUGGAAGCCAUGCAGGAGCUGAGCGCCAACCCGCCGCCGCCGCCGCCGCCCUUCAUCCAGGGCCCCAAGGGCGAUCCCGGGCGCCCGGGCAAGCCGGGACCACGAGGCCCUCCUGGGGAGCCGGGCCCUCCGGGUCCUCGAGGGCCACCGGGUGAGCGGGGCGACUCGGGCAAGCCGGGACUGCCGGGGCUGUCGGUGCCUGGGAUCGGGCCCCCCGCCUUCGCCACGGCGGCCGGGGGAGUGGGCUCGGGGCUGGGCAGCAGCAGCCCCCCGCCCGGAGGGGAGGUGACGGGCGCGAUGAGCGCCGCCUUCAGCGGGCCCAAGAUCGCCUUCUACGUGGGCCUGAAAAGCCCCCACGAAGGGUACGAGGUGCUCAAAUUCGACGACGUGGUGACCAACCUGGGCAACCACUACGACCCCACCACGGGCAAGUUCACCUGCCAGGUGCGCGGCAUCUACUUCUUCACCUACCACAUCCUCAUGCGCGGCGGCGACGGCACCAGCAUGUGGGCGGACCUCUGCAAGAACGGGCAGGUGCGAGCCAGUGCCAUUGCCCAGGAUGCAGACCAGAACUACGACUAUGCCAGCAACAGCGUAGUGCUGCACCUGGACUCGGGCGAUGAAGUGUAUGUGAAACUGGAUGGAGGCAAGGCCCACGGGGGCAACAACAAUAAGUACAGCACUUUCUCCGGCUUUCUCUUGUACCCUGAUUGACAGAGCCAGGCGUGCACGGUGGGGCCUGCCCGUCGCCUCGUCCCUGCCACACGUGUCCCUGGGCACCCGCUCUUCAGGUCACCUUAAGUUUCAUUUGGGGGAAAAACGGCUGUAUGUUAACUUUGAUUGCUGUUCGAAAGAGAGACAAGCAGCUUCUUCCUUCCAGCAUAUAUCUUCUUCUUCUGUGUCCUGUUAUUUGUUGCACACUAUGAGACAAGUAGGUCUAAGAGUGUUUACCAGUUCAUUGGCACUGUGAAUUGAUCCAUUCAUUUUGUGCACAUUUAAAAUCGUGGAGUUCAAUCCACAUGGCCUCUGGCGGAAAAGGCCAUCUGGCACUGAUGGAAUGGUGGUUGUACAAUUAUCCACAUAAAGCCCCUUGAUCCAGGGUAUGGACCGAAGGAGGUGCUUUUCCCCCCUUACAGAAACAGUAUCUGCUUUGCCUGUGUCGCCUAGUCAUGAGAAUGUGUAACCCCCUUGAGUAGUCUCACUGGAAAGAACAGCGCCGAGAUGCCAGUCUGUUAGAUCAAAACAUUGCGCCUCAUGCAAACUCAGGCUAUUGAGCCACCUGUACAAUCAAGACAACUCAAACUCUGCUCUCCGUGAUCACAGGUAGUCUUGCUGAAAUCCCAUUCUGGUGGGAAUGUUUUCGUGAUUAGAUCUUCAGCGCGCUAUGAGCAAAUCAGGGGUCCUCAUUUGUUUUCAUGGGGUACAUGCUUUCCUUUGCUUAAGCAAGCAGUUGAAAACAAGAUGGGUAGGAUCCAGGUUAGUUUGCAGUCAGAACCUUUGAAAUCUAUAGAACUUCCAUUAGCCAUGAUUAACUGAAUUCCCACUGAUUUGGAUUUGCCUGCUUCGAAGAUGACUAAAUCUACAUCGUACGCAAUGUCUAUCAGCAUCCCCAACUACCUUCUUUGCAGCGCAAGGCUAUGCAUGUCUACUCAGAAGUAAGUUCAAUGGAAGUGAAUGGGGCUUACUCUGGGGUAAAUGUGUAUAGGAUUGCAGCCUUAAUCAAUGGGCACAACAGUCAUCUAUUUCAGACAAACAUGGUCCAUUAUGAGCAUAUGAAAGAUUCCAUAGCAAAAACCAUGACACACAAAAUGAAAUGGAUGAAUCCUGGCACUUUAUUUCUCUUUAUAUAUGUACGAUCAUUGCUUUUACUAACAGUCUGGAGAAUAAGACGGAGUUGUUGUGACACCGCAUUGGCUGUUCCAAUGCUGCUUUGUAUGUUGGGGAUUUGUGUAUAGCCAUUUUGAAUUAUGUUCUAUAAAUAUUAUAUAUAAUAAAUCUUACGUCUUUAUUUCUCCCAUCCACCCUUGUGCAAUGGAAUACAUGUGUGGGUGGUGAUGUUAAAAAGUUCAGUCGCCUGUCUUUAAAGCAAAUGAAUGAGCAAAAGGAAAAAGAAAUACCAUAUUAAAUUAUCUUUUUUG